AUGGCCCCUUCCCCGGCUCCCCACGAUAGACCGGCUUAUGCUGAGUUAGCGCCUGCUACCAGCGCUGCAGGUACUUCCUCGACUCUGACUGGAAUUGCCGCAGCGCCGGCUUCACCUUCCGUCCCACGUACUUCGGCUGUAGUUUCGGGCAUUCCGAACACCAAUGCUCUUGCUUCUGCGACGCAACGUCCUACCAGCCGAAGUCCCCCCAGAGCCGCUGCCCAGACCGCGGUAAAGUCUUCUCCCCCGAGCGCUACACGAAAUGUGUCGAGCGCUGCUGGACCUAAAAUCUUUGUAAAGAAAGAGCCAGGAUCUCCCGAUAUACCGGCCGGUCGUCAUCGCCCAAGAAGGCUGGAUCUCUCCAAGAGUCUCACCGGGUCAGGCGCCGCUACGGCACGUCCGGCGCUAGGGAGGGAAGGACUCGGUAUCCAGGAAGUGGGUAUCGCAUGUCUAUCACCCGGCUUCGUCACUCAAGAUCCUGUAAUGAAAGAGCACCUACAACAGAGCAUGAAUGUUAGAGAACAGCAACGCCGUAUUAUCGAAGCUAGACUACAACAGCAAUCGGCAAAGGGGGAUGGUCCCGAUAAUGGCAAGGAGAAGGAUCCUAUUAGCCAGUUCGCCGCAAAGACCCCAGGGAUGUCUCGACGAAAUAAAGCCCCUCCGGGGUUAAGCAUUGUAGCACCAUCACAUGAGCAGUUCGCCCACGAGCGAGUGAUCCAAUCUGCGCCAUUGGGUCAGACUUUUACCGGGCGCCAUAACCCGCAGCCUUUAACGAGGCAUCUCGCUAAUCAGCCUUCGAACCUGUCCAGCACGUCUCACAUUCAUCACGUACCUGCGAACCAAACGACGAAUCGGUUACCUCCAAUCUCCGAUGUAUUCGGUGGCCAAGGGCUUCCUUCACACGCAGAAUCAAGUGCGCGAGCUUUCUACCCUGGUUCGAGCCACGGACCAUUAGCAUCGCCUGGCCACCCGCCGCCAGGUCCUUCGCAGCCUCCCAUGUCAGGCCGAGGUCGAGAAUACAAGUCGGCCGAGGAAGUACAACACGAACUCGCCGGCGGGCGGCCAGAGCUGCUACCUAAGCUUGUCCACUACACCGGACAUCAACCCCCGACACCCCCAUCACCCAGAAAUGGACUUAACCCCUUAGACACGGGUCGAAGUACGAGCAGGCGAAGAACCCGCGCCGAAUACGAGGAAGGUAGUAGCCCCCCGCUCGGCCACGGGCCUGCACCUACUCGGAGAGGCCCCUUUGGAGCCGGCCGGGACAGCCCCGAGACCCAGCGACAGAAGCGCGAGGAGUUUUUGAAGAUAUGCGAGAGAGCCUGGGAUUUGUUUCACUCGUGA